CGGGUGUUUCCUGUUCCUGAUAAGGGGUUUUUGCAGGGUUUACUCUCUCUCUUUCUCUCUGUUCUCUCUUCCUCCUUCCAAUUCCUACACAAAUGGGGUCUCUGGAAAAUGGACCAGCACGCAAAGAAACCAAACAACAACUUGUUCCUGCGCAAACGGAACACGAACAUGAACAGGAACCGAUACUCAUGGAACAAACUCAGAGGUUUUGCAUGUUCCCCAUUCGCUACAAGCAAGUUUGGGAGAUGUACAAGAAGGCUCAAGCCAGUUUCUGGACCGCUGAAGAGGUUGAUCUCACCUAUGAUGUACAACAUUGGGCGACCUUGUCUAACUCUGAGAAGCACUUCAUUACACACGUCCUAGCUUUUUUUGCUGCAUCUGAUGGAAUCGUCUUGGAGAAUUUGGCUGCUAGGUUUUUGAACGAUGUUCAAAUUCCUGAGGCUCGGGCAUUCUAUGGCUUUCAGAUAGCAAUGGAGAAUAUUCAUUCUGAGAUGUACAGCUUGCUGUUGGAGACACUUAUCAAAGAUUCAAGAGAGAAGCAUAGAUUAUUCAAUGCAAUUGAAAAUCUGCCUUGUGUUGCAAGGAAGGCGGAAUGGGCAUUGAAUUGGAUUAAUAGUUCCACUUCAUUCGCGGAGAGACUUGUUGCUUUUGCAUGUAUUGAAGGGAUAUUUUUCUCCGGAAGCUUUUGUUCCAUUUUCUGGCUUAAGAAAAGAGGAUUGAUGCCUGGUCUCACAUUCUCAAAUGAGCUAAUCUCUAGAGAUGAAGGCCUUCACUGUGAUUUUGCUUGCCUUCUAUACAGCUUGUUACAGAGGCCACUAGAUUCUGAGCGGGUUCAUCACAUCGUACAUGAAGCUGUUGAAAUUGAGACGGAGUUUGUCUGUGAGGCCCUUCCUUGUGCAUUGAUUGGCAUGAACUCGACGCUCAUGAGCCAGUACAUAAAAUUUGUUGCUGAUAGGCUAUUGGUUUCCUUGGGCUACCAAAAAAAAUACAAUGUGGAAAACCCCUUUGAUUGGAUGGAGUUCAUAUCUUUGCAAGGAAAGGCAAACUUUUUUGAGAGAAGGGUGGGUGAAUAUCAGAAGGCAUCUGUAAUGUCAAGCCUCCAAGAUGCUGGGAAGAACUUUGUUUUCAAGCUUGAUGAGGACUUUUAGUCAUCUAUUUUGGGUAUCAAAAAUUUUGUUUACUAUUUUUCUCAGUAAUAUAUUUAUUCCACAGAUAUUAUUAAGUGGUUCUUAUCUGGAAUCUUCAAUCAAAUCACUUGUAUAAUAUUUUCCUUUCUAUUGUUCAAAUGCUUAUGAUGUAAUAUUUUUAAUGGUUGCCAUGAAGGCCUGCAUACUAUUUUCUA